UGUUUAUUCUUAUCUGGUUCCACGUGACACGAUUACUAAAGAGUGUCAAAAGAUUUCUGACAAUAUUGAUGCUGGGGCAGCUUAUCUUAAUUACACUGACGUGAAAGCAUGUUUUGAAUCAAUCCCAUUUAAUCAAACUAAGGCAGCCCAGACAAUUGGAACAUUGAAAGAAUAUUUUAAUGGAUUUUAUGCAUUUUUAGAUCAGGCAAAGGAAGAUCCAAAACCAGGGUUUACAUUUAGACCUAUAAAUUUAAUUAAUGAAUUAGAUUUAUUACUAAAAAACAAUUAUUCAUAUGAAUAUCAAUUUGUGUAUUCUGUUGGAGAUCUCAUAGGUGAAUUGAGGGAUGGCCACACUUCGCUCCUUUCUAGGAAUUAUUCGAUUUAUGAAUUUUUUCAGGGAUUUUCAAUGUAUUCCGUGAUUAAACCAGAUGGCACACAGCAAAUCAAGGUUUUUGAUGACGAAAUAGAUCCAAGCACUAUUGACUGUCAAGUUACUCAUAUAGAUGGUAAACCUGCGAUUGACGUGAUUACAGAAUUUGCUCGUAAUCAAUCACAUCAAUCAAGGGAUUUAAGUGUUCGAUUUAAUUAUGCACUUGCAUCUCUUGCUUUUGGAAGUAGAGAUUUCCUAAUAUCUGGACAAUCAUUUACGUUUAGAGUUAAAUUACCUACAGAACCAAGUACUUCUUACACACUUAAUUGUACUGAUAAAGUUUCUAACAUUACUAGAGAGUGGAGAAUUCCAUCUAAUACUAGCAAUGCAAUUCUUUCUCCAUUAGUUUCAAAAUAUAAAUCACCAUAUAUUAAUGAGACAUCAGUUGGUAAUGCAUCUUUAAUUUUUGAUGCAAUUUUCUCCAGAUUUUAUGUAUUACAAGAUUUUGGUGUGGUCUUAAUUUCAACUGAAAGCAUUACAGGUUUUACUAAUGAUCAAGUGACUCGUUUCCUGAAUGAUAUGACUGUUGGAUUUAAAUUAUUUGUUGAUAGAGGUAUAAAAAAGAUCGUUUUUGAUUUGUGUAAUAAUACUGGUGGAGCAGCGUUCAUUUCAGAUUUUAUCCUUAAACUUUUAUUUCCUGACAUAAAAAUUUUUCCAGAAGAUGUAAAAGUUACAGACGUAACUACAGCUAUUAUGGAAGAAGUUGCAAAUGCAACUGAUAUUAAAAAUCUUUUUGCUUAUCGAACAUUUAUUUCAACAAAGACCAAUACAUCUUUUAACAAUGUUACUGAAUAUAUUGGGAACAAUACAUAUACACGCGGUGGUACCCAAGUUAGGUAUACAACAAAAGCAGUUGCGAAUGAUUCAUUGAUUCUAAAUGUUUCGGAACCUAUAAAAUUUCCAUGGACUGAGGAAAAUAUUGUUAUUUUAACAAAUGGUAAUUGUGGUUCAUCAUGCGCACUUAUUGUUCAGAGAUUAGCAGAAAUUAAUGUUCCCACUGUAUCUGUUGGAGGAUUUCCAAAUACUAGAUUUUCUUUUGCAAGUUUUACUGGUGGAGCAAUGAUGGAUAGUGAUACCAUUAUUACAAGUUAUUUAGGAGUUUAUCCAAAUCUUGAUAAUUUCACUUCUAGGUUCACACUUCCUGAUGAUCU